CGCUGCGAUGGAUCCCUUUCCUACUGGACUACUGUCGGAUUAAUUCGUUGGUCGUAAACGCCAAACGGCCGGCGGGUUAUGAAACCUUCGCCACACCGACCUUUUGAUUAGUGACGUGCGCGUGUAUCGGCUUGUUUACGAUUGUAAUAUAUGCCUCAGUAUUCAACUUAACAGUUUGACGUAAACUUGUGCGGAUUGCCGUUUUGCCCGGUUUUCACAUCGUUAUCAGUCCGUGCUUACAAAUGAAGAUAACAUGGUGUCUUGAUAACAUUAAAGCCGCAAAUUGAGGCGCCGAUGUUUGUUAAAAAUUUGCAAGCGUAGAGAUAGAACGUGUUUGUGGAUCCCUUGAUUUAUGGUGCGCGGACAAGUAGUGGCAUUUUGUUUGCUUGAGUUAUUUUAAUGUACAUUGAGUGUGGUUCCCGUUUGAUCAGCGGGCAUAUGACUGAUGCCUGUUGCGUCUGCGCCGGUGCAAGUGUAGCGGCGGGCCUAUUUUAGUACCACGGAAAUAAGAGCGGCAAAAGGAGCAAAAAGCACCGCCUGACUGAAAAACUUGAGGUCGUGGUGUAGUGUAUUUCAGUCUGUUGUGAUCCGAUGUCUAUAACAGUUGCUUGUGUGUAAUUAGUGCAGUGUUAUAACAAAUGGGGAAAAUGAAGAAAAGAACGAUAUCGACACUCAAAGCGAUUUUUGGCUCGAAGAAAGGCAAGCGGCACCACUCUUCGAAGUCUUCACGUUCGGUGACGCCGGACCCGCCCACGCCGCACACACCGAGCAGCGUCGAGUCGUUCCGGCCGAUCCCGCGCACGCCGCCGCCGCCGGCCCGCGUGGGGCCACCGCCGUCCCCACCGGUCCCUACUCGCCCCAUAGCCCCUGUGGCCCCGGAGCCCUCGGGCCCCGUUCGGCUCAUCCCCUGCGCGGUAUGCGGCAGGACCUUCGUGCCGGAGUCCCUCGCCAAACAUGUCAAAAUAUGCGAGAAGACGGCCGUCAAGAAAAGGAAGACGUUCGACUCUUCCCGACAGAGACGCGAAGGUACGGAUUUGGAGCAGUACUUGCCAAAGAACUUUGGGUUGCCGGAGAACAGUCCGUUUUUGGAGAAGAGUCCGCCGAACACUGCCAAAGCGGCGCCCAAGCCAAAACCGCAGUCUGUGAGGACUACUGUCAUGAAGCCGGCAGCCGACCUCCAAAAAUGCCCGCACUGCAACCGCGCGUUCGGCAUGCGUGCCUUCGAGCGGCACGUGGAGUGGUGCGCCGACAAAGCCAAGAUACUACCCGCCGCGCCUGCGCAACCGACGCACAUUACUGACGCGAAGCAGAGGCUCAAUGCUCGCACAAAGUAUAAGGCACCGCUCGUGAGAGGCAGACGAUCAUCCCAGAGCCGCGAUAAGUCGUCGAACAGCCGCUCGGCCUCCGUGGAGUCGGCGCGCGUGUCGCCGCCGCCGCCGCGCGACUGCGGCGACGGCCGCCGGCGCGCCAGGGCUUCAGAAUCAAUGUCCAGCAAUGAUUGUAAUGACGAACCGUCCCCACAUGUGCCAGUUAUUAGAAACCCUAGAACUUCCCAAAAUAAUUCUUCAGGCGAUGCCAAUGUUAAGGCGAGGCAGGCUAGAUUGGCCAGAGAUCUCAGCAGCUCCAGACUGGACGACGGUUACGAUCCAUUUGUAUCAGCCGCUAGGCAAAUGAAAGAGCUCCUGUCUUCAGAUACUGAUAUCCCUAAAAAGAUGCACAACUCUUCCAAAGACCUCACCCGCACUCUUCCCAUCCUCCGCCCUGCCAGGGAUAAAGCUCCAUUAUCCCAACUUCGCACUGAAAACUCCAAAUUGAUAAAAGACACUCUUAACAAAACGUACCAAAAAACUCCUACUUUGCAAAGAAUGAAAUCUUUUGGAAGCACAAACAACGACAAUAACACAAACACUAGCACUUUCGGGGGUCGAUGCAGCUCUUUUAGACUUAACAGAAAUGAUAAAAAGCCUAGUCCUAAACUUAACACAACCUUUACUAAAUCAAGUAAAGAAAAUAUUAGCAUGACAGACAAAACAAACUUCAACCGCAAUAGCAGCCUUAAUAGGUCAUUCUCAAGCUACACGACUUCCAACUACAGCACGCCAAAACCGAAAGACAAAAUCCCGAAAAUUGCCACCUCCAUGUACCAUAGCUUCACGCGAACAAUAAAACAGCCUGUAAAACUUGACAAAAUAAAGAGAAAUGAAGAAAAGAAAAAUUUCGUAAAUCUAGAUGCAAUCCUUGCAGACGAUAAUUCUUCCAUGACCGACAGUAAUUACAUCGAUCCCAGACUUAUCAAUGAAAAUGAUAACUUGCCCAUUAAUGUAAACACUAUUUUGAACAAUCCCGACAUUAUUAGUAGUAUGGAGUCUCUCCUUACUACAGAAAACUUGCCUUCUAAAUUUGAUUCUUUCAGCAAAACACAUAUUCCUAAUUAUGAAUUAAACGGUAAUAUUGAUUCACAAAUCAAAGCGGACAAAGACAAAGUCAACAACAACACUGAUACUAAUAAGCUAGUUACCGCCCCGGUAGACAAUUUAAGUGCCCAAUACGAUAAAAUUAUGUCUUCUUUGGAAGAAAGUAUUGCAUCUAAAACGUUAGCUAGGGAUGAGGAGUCUGUCUUCGAGGAGUUUGACCUCGAAGAAUUCAUGACUACUUUUGACGAAGAGAUUCAUAAAAGGAAAUCUGAAAACAAAAGAACUUGCAGCUCCACCACUAGGGUUGUGAGGCAGUCUGAGCUCAACGGUAGCAAUAGGACUUCAGCAUUUAGUAGCGUUAGCUCCACCCCUAAACAAGUAAACCCCAGUAGUAACGGUCUCAGUCUCACCCCAGUUACCAACAAGUCUUUCAAUUUUAGCAGUAACAAUAUCGUGAGCGAAAACCUGUUCCCAUCCUCCGUCAAACGUUCCACUUCCCUCCUCGACUCCAUCCACAAGAAGGUCACGAAAACGGAAAACGGGACCACGAGACACAAAUCCGAACAACUCGAACAAGACAUUAUGCAAUCCUUGAAAGAGUUCGACAAGUUCUACGAAUCCGAGAAGAACCAUUCGAACAAAGAUAUCAUGAAUUACAAUGCGCACGUACACAAUGGGACGGAAAAGGAAUCGCGGAGCAAAGCGCAGCGGAGAAGUGGGAAAUCCGAGAGCAAUUCCAACGGGAAUUAUACGCCAAACGGGAAAUCCAGCAACGACUCAGCUUAUAGCAGGUUAGUCAGCUUAAAUAGAAUAUCUCCUUCGAAACUAACGGUAUGUCCGAAAGAGUUGAACGGUCCGUCGUCGUUGGAGCGAAUACCGGCGGGCUCGGACUCGAGCGGGAGUCCGAAGGACGAAAUACGGUCCAUCUCCAGCGAGGAGUUCUUAGCGAUGGAGCGGUCGGCCGAACUGGACGAGCCGAUACCGCCGCCGGAACAUCCGCCGUACAAAGAAGUCGAAAACCAAGUACACGAGAAGCGAGUAAGCUCUCGCGCGUCGUCUCGGCGCGGGUCGUGGCGGCCGCGCGCCGAGCUGAGCUCGAGCAGCUCGGAGGUGUCGCUGCACAAGGCGCCGCAGCGGCUGUCGCGCUUCUGCCACGAGUGCGGCAGCCGCUUCCCCGUCGACACCGCCAAGUUCUGCAUCGAGUGCGGCGUCAAGCGGCUCGCCGUCUAGCUCUAGCCCGUCGGUUCGGUUGUGUGAACAUAGUGAAGUGAAACGCGUGUGUGCCGCGCGACGCGACGUCACGCGGAGUAGUGUGAAGUGAAACGCGUGUACCGCGCCGGACGUCAUCUAGUCUUUAGUAGUAGCCGGGUGUGAUAAGCUUUGCGUUUUGUAGUCUACACUGCGAGCGGCUUUUUCGUUUUUAAGGUUCCGGUUGUGCUCAUUUUGCUCGGGCUGACGAAAUACUGCCGGUAUUGAUAUAACUGUGCAUCGAUGAGCAGAAUUUGCUUUAUAUUGUACAUUAUUUUGUCGUUUCGAAGACAUGUUUUGAUGUCUCGCGAAAUUGACCCUCUGAAGAUUGCUAGUGCAAUCGUGAAAUGCACGGAGCUAUGUAAUUUACAUAACUUAUCAUUAUUGACGCUAUCUUACGAAUCUGGUAGUAUUGGAAAUCAUGAGAUCUGAAAUAAUGUAAUAAGGUCUAAUAAAAUAAUUAUGUAAUACAAAUGAAAUGGAGAAAAUAUUGUUAAUUUUUACAAUUUAACAGGACCAAAAAAUAUUUUAGCCUUAAAUUUUUUAAUGAAGGAUAACAAUUUUGUAUUCAGUAGGUACUAUUUUUCUUUUUAAAUGUUUGUUACCAAAUUCCUAAACUAAUUUGUGCCUUCCCAUGUAGCUAGAUUAAAUAUAAAUUAAUAAUAUAUUGUUCGAUACGUUACUGUUCUGUUGAUAUUUCCGUUAUUUUAGUUGAAGUUUUUUUAUUCCAACAAAUGCCAAAACAUCCAGUCGAAGCUUUGGAAUGCAAAAUGUCUGUGAUAUGCGGAAACUAAUUUGGUAACUCGGUUCUCUUCCGCGCAUGGAAAAUCUUAAUUUUAAGUACCAAUUUCAUCCUUGGAUUUUGAAUGGAAUUUUUUUGUGUGCAUUUUUAUGUUUGCGAUUGUUAGCCAACGCUAUUUUAUUUUUUUAUUAUUAUUGUGAAUGCCCUUCUAAGGAUUUCCACUAAUGUCUACAGACUACAACAUAGUUGGCCAUUUUAACAAGACUGAUUUUAUUUUCAAAGUUUUCGGACUAUGAAUAAUCCUUAGUUACUGUUGUAUAUUAUGUUUUAAUAAAAUAACAAUUUAUCAUGUAAUAAAUUAACAUUUC